GCAAACCGGAGGGAAGGAAAAAGAAGACGCUCACGACGCGAGAAAUCCGAUGAGAGGAACGGCUCUGAGAGAGUGAGCUGCCGUAGAUUGUCCAAAGGGGCAGCGUUUCUCCCAGUUCCGGUUUGUCUGUCUGUGUGUGCACGCUGUGUGCGAGAGUUGGGACCCCAAACAAAAGGCUGCCAUCAUCCUACAGGAGAUCUUCAGCUUGCGCGCGAGAGAGAAAACCCGAAUCUGCUUGAUGCUUAACCGAACAUGAGCUCCUAUUUUGUUAACCCUCUUUUUUCUAAAUACAAAGGCAGUGAGUCACUGGAGCCAACUUACUACGACUGCAGGUUCCCACAAAGCGUUGCCCGCAGCCACACGCUGGUUUACGGACCCGGAGCCGCUGCGCCGGGCUUCCAGCACCCGUCCCAUCAUGUGCAGGACUUUUUCCACCACGGGACCACCGGGAUCUCCAACCCGGGAUACCAGCAGAACCCCUGUGCUCUGGCGUGCCACGGUGACGCGACGAAAUUUUAUGGAUACGAAGCCCUUCCAAGGCAAACGCUUUAUGGUGCCCAGCAAGACGCGAGCCUAGCGCAAUACCCAGACUGUAAAUCGUCGAGCAGCUCUAACCCCGGAGAAGGACAAGGCCACUUAAAUCAAAACUCCUCUCCCAGUCUUAUGUUUCCCUGGAUGAGACCCCACGCCCCAGGCAGAAGGAACGGGAGACAAACCUACAGCCGCUAUCAGACCCUGGAACUGGAGAAAGAGUUCCUCUUCAACCCUUACCUGACCCGCAAGAGGAGGAUCGAGGUGUCCCACGCCCUAAGCCUCACCGAACGCCAGGUGAAGAUCUGGUUUCAGAACAGGAGGAUGAAGUGGAAAAAGGAGAACAACAAAGACAAGUUUCCGGGUCAGAGAGGAGAGGCCGAAGCCGAGGCCGAAGAAGAGGGCAACGAGGACGGUGAAGGGGACGAGGGAGAAGAAAAAGAAGCGGAAGAGAAAGAAGAAAGCAAGGAGUGAUUUUUAUGGUCCUUUUUAUGGUUAUAUGGCUGGAAACGAGAAAAAAAAGGAGAAAGGUCCCAUAAACAGACGAAGAGCCACAAGGAGGCAGAGAGCGUCAUUUUUAUGACCACCCUUCUUAUUUUGUCAAGAGGGAACAGGAAUCCCAUAUUACUGUCAUAAAUAGACUAAAUUCUCCACUCGAUUGUCCCAGAAGCAUCCAGCAUUGCAAUUUUGGAGACGCAACAAAACGCUAGUAGAAUUUUCUUUAAUGAUAGGACUCUCACCCAUGCACAAGAAUACAAGGGGCAAAUUAAAAACGCAUGUUAGAUUGAAAAUUGCUAUUUUUUUGUUUGUUUUCUUCAAUUUUAAUUCUCUUUAUAAAAAGUCGACAUUAUAGUAACCCAUGACCAAUAACGCCAACUUGUUGUAAAUAGAUGCAAUAACAUUUCAUUUCAGACUCCAAACUUUUAAAGAAAUGUAGGCCUGUAACAUAUAAAUGAGUGUUUAGACAUCAUUACACUGUUACUUCAGGCUAAGCACACAUAAUUUGAUUUGUUAAAUAACUGUUUUGGUUUCAUCAUUUCCUCUGCGUUUAUGUGAAUGGCACACACACCGACUUAGCCAUGAAAGCUCCUCCAACAUCCUUCAUUGUUCCAAGGAUCACCAGGGAAACGCAACUGUUUGAAAUCCUUUGAUGCUACCUAUGUUAACCUGGGGGAAUUGCAAUAGAGAUUUCUGAAUAAAGAGAUUUCAUAUGGUUUUUUUUUUAUUUUAAAAGUGUUAUAUGUCAACCUUAUAUUAUUAAGUUAUGUGUAUAGCUUUUAGCCGAUAUACAAUAAACACUUGGUGAAGACAAUUUUUUUUCUUUCCUUUUUGGAGUCUUGGGAAGACAAUUUAGCUGAAAGCCAGUUUUGGAAGAUUGUACCACAGCACUACCUAAAGCUCAGAGCUCUGUCCUCGCAUUAUUUCUUAUAUUCCACACAUGCGUGGCAUCGCUCUGAUCUGAUUGCAAGCUAUAUUCCCCAACAACUAAAAACUGCCUAUGACGCACAUGGACUGCGUAUGAUGAUACCUGCAACAAUUACAAGGAUUUAAAAAAUGUAAAAAGGGAACUCUUAUUUUAAUGUGCUGGUGAUGUAGAGUAGAUGUUUUCUUUGCACUGAAUAUAAUCUUUAUGUACGUCUUGUUCUAUAUUGAUGUUAACAUAACUAUAUGCUCGUUUUCUUGUUGUUUAUCGUGUGAAAGACGGAAUUGUGUGCCCCUCCCCUCCUAUUGUUGAU